UGAAAAAGUCAUAAAAGUCGAGUCCACGCGUUUAUUCAGUAGAGGAAAGCAGACACUGCGAACUACUUGACGUAUUCUGACAGUUAAAACUCCUGAUAUCAACAAGAUCUGCGAGACCCUGACGCGACCCUCGUCGGUUUUCAGCAUGAAAAAUGGCCAAAACGCGUGUUUGCACGUGUCUCAGCCUCCUGUCACUGAUGGUGCCAUUUUGGAGCUCGUUGCUUUCAGUGGACGGGCAUAGUCACCAUAUCCAGACUUCCGGACCCCCCAUUGACGAGUUGCCCUAUGUUAAGGACAUGGCUAAAAUUCCUGCUCCUGAGGAGAGACCCCGAGUUGCACGCCUAUUCAUAGAAGCGUCGCAAACAAGACGGAAUGGACGGACUGAAUUGAAGGCGUACGAAUGCAUACAACAACCCGAACCGGUAAUGCUAUACUGCUAUCAACUCAGCAAGACUCUUCAUCAUAAAGUCUAUAGGAGAGCCAAUUUCUACCUCGUGAGCGGGGUGCAUAAAAGACCCGCCUGGGAGAUAUAUAGAAUAAAUAGAAAUGGAAGAGCGAGGAGAUUUGCCUUACCUUCGCAAUUCAUGCUAGGCAUCGACCCAAAAGAUAAAUUAGUCGGUGUUCUCGAAAAUAUCUGCGAUGACUUCGAAGUUCAUAAAAAACUCUCCGAACACCUGGUCCUUCUCGGUUUUCUGCCGAGUGAGAUGUUUGAUAGCUUCAAUGAUUACUAUUGCAUCAACGAUUUGGUCGUCUUCCAAAGCCAAAGCUUGUUCCAUGAUUAUGUGCUGCCUCGUCACACCGCGUACCUUGAAGCUGUGUGGAAUAUAGUGCGCAUUUUCAAAAUUUUCUACGACCGCCGACUUGCUAUCCAGGACUCUGGUCAAAACAGAAUAUACACGUGGGGGGAAAAAAAGUGGGCAAUGUUAUACCUGAUGGAAAAGAUGAUCGACCCGUGCAUGCUUGUGGAAGGGGAUGGACAUGGUACGUGGCCACUCCAAGGUUUUGACGAUGGAUAUGCGAGUGAUGUCUGCGCGCUUUUUUGCAAAGCCGUCAGCAUUGCAGCUUACUUAAGAUCGGAUGAACGUGAGUACAUGGAGAACGAACGAUGGCAAAUGUGCACAAACCUCAACGGCGAAGGAAAAUGCUUCCGGGGCAAUGGCUAUGGAAGGUGCUGGUGCCAAUUCAGACCACUCAGGGCCCGUGACAGAGCUGCGGCUUGGGAAUUGCUGAUCUGGUGUCACAAUCAUGUCAGAAAUAAAUAGACGCGGUCGCUUUGGACGCUACAGUGAGGAUUUAAGGUGUGGUUUGAUAUAUACAUAAACAAAUGACAGGUUUGCUGAUUUCUUGGGAGAAUAGUAUCUGAAAUUGAAAAUUAAUCGUCUUCCCUAAAUUUUUUCAAUCGUCAAUUUAUAAAAAUAUAUUGGGUGUCAUCAUGCGACAUGUCUUUUGCCUUGCAGAGGCAAUAGGCACGUUAAUGUGUAUAUGUCUGUAAGCAAGUCUAUUAAUAAGUAUGUAGCAAUGUAUUAAUUGGAUACCUCCUCGGUAAGGGGGCGUCUGAGGUGCAUGUUUAUUUUUAAUUCUGCUUCUCUAAAAAUCUAAUCAUUAGAAACAACCCUUCCUGUAGGAAGUCCUGUAGUAGUGCAAAACUAGCUCGGAAGAAUUCAUUUUUCUCCUCUUUGCACGCAAUAUCGUCACAUAUAAGUUAAUGAGACUUUUAAACGUUGUAAUAAUCUAAUAAGUCCGCACUGAUUAAAAAAUGAUAAUCUCAAAUGCAUUAAUUUUUAAUUGGCAUCGUAUUAAAAAUUCAAACGCGUUUUCUUCGAAACACAAUUCCCCCAUUUGAACAAUGAUUCUAACCACUUCUCAAAUAGAGGCUUUCCCUGAGCCGUAAUUGCUCCUAUCAACAAAAAAAUCACAAAUUAAAAAAAGAAUAAAAUUGAAUAAAGGCAUAAAAACCAAAAAUUCAUGUAUGCGAACAUCUUCCUUUAAGAACAGUAUUCGAAGAUUUCAUUCUUAUUGUUAGUUGAAUCAGCGAGAAUCUACCCAACAGAAAUAGUUUCGAAUUGUGAUUUUACUAGCAUUACUUCUUGUGUGAAGUUUUUUUCAAUUUAUGUAGUUUGAUUCUGUUUAUAUUUUUUUUUCUAUUCAUUAGGUGUGUGAGUUAAGUUUAUCAGUACAAUAAGUAUAAUUUACCUUACAAUUAAAAUAAUUUUAUAAUGGGGUUA